AUGAUACCCGAAUUAGAAAUAAUAAAUCAUCCGCAUGAUAAGGAGAACUGGGUCCUUGAAAAGAUCAACAUGAUAGUAGCAACCAUAGAAUGUGGUACGGAUGAAUUAUCAUCGGACGAAAAGGUGCGGAAUGCAUCGAGAAGUUUUAGACAAAUAUUCGAGAUACCACCUUCUGAAAGAUUUGUUAAUUGUAAGUGUAGUUUUGUUUGA